GGAAGACGAAGAGAUUUUUCUCUCGGUUAGAGUGAAUGAUUUCAUGUUGCAAAUUAAGGAAUUUGAACAAAUCAUCAUGUCUCGAGAUUCAACUUCUCUUCUUCAAGGAUUAUGUACAAAAUCCUUGUCUGGUAAUUUGGGACAAUCAACCAUACGUUCCAUCAUUUGGAAGAUAUUUCUCGGAUUACUUCCACUGAAUAAGAAGGAAGGAACUGAUCAUUGGAAUGCUAAAGUGAAUAAUGAUAGAGCCAGAUAUGAGGAUUUGAUUAAAAAGCAUGAAAUUGAUCCAAGAAAAACACAAGCAGCAAAUUCAUCAGAGGAUGAUGUUGUUGAUGUUACAUUUUGUGAUCCUCUUUCACAAUCACAAUCGAAUCCUUGGUCUGAAUUCUUUGAAAAUUCAGAAUUGGAAAAGGUUAUUGUUCAAGAUUUAAAGAGAUUGUAUCCAGAAUAUCCAUUCUUUAGAACUGAAGAAAUUCAAAAUUAUUUAAAGAGAAUGUUAUUUAUUUGGUCGAAAGAAAAUGAUGAUAUUUCGUACAGACAAGGAAUGCACGAGUUAUUGUCACCAAUUUUGUUAGUUGUAUAUAGAGAUGCCCAAGAUAUUUCCAAAUAUGAAUACAUGAUGACUGAGGAGGAGGAUCAAAAAUUGAAACUCAUUCUGAACUUAAAGAUUGAUGCUUAUGAUUUACCGAUUUUCAAAAUUUCAAAUAGAAUUCAAUACUUACUCCUCGAAAAGAAAGAUCCAGAACUGUACAGACAUCUCAUCAAGAUGGCAAUUGAACCACAAAUAUAUUUAUUGAGAUGGGUCAGAUUACUUUUCGGUAGAGAAUUCCACAUUGAUGAUGCAAUCAUUUUGUGGGAUGCAAUAUUCUCGGAUUGUGGAGGUUUCAGAGCUGAGAAGGUUUCUUCAUCGGAUAUUGAUCUCUCACUCGUUGAACACAUCUCAGUUGCCAUGUUGCACUAUAUUAGAAAGAGUUUGCUCGCCUCUGAUUCAAGUUAUUGCUUGAAGAGAUUGAUGAGAUAUCCACCUGUUGAGGAUGUACACAUUUUCAUUGAGCAAGCCUUAGAGUCAAGAUCUAGACCAAACAGUUUGCUUCCAUCUAUGGAGCCCUUGACG